AUGACGUCCACGGAUAAGCAAGAAUCAGGGGCACCGACUGCGCUCGAACAAGAGUCACAAGAACCGAUGGCACGGCACAGCAUGUCAAGCCUGCUACCGCCACCAAAAGCACUAGACACAACACAAGACCUCUGGAACUCGUGGAAGUUAUGGCGAAGGGAGUUUGAACUUUUUUCUGUGGCUACGGGGUUGAAAGCUCAACCAAAGGAGGUACAGGCAGCAACUUUCUUGGUCAUCAUCGGUGAAGAUGGAAGGAAGAUCUAUACUACGCUGCACUUUGAUAGUGAAGAGGAACGUACAGAUGUCGCAAAGCUGAUAGAAAAAUUCGAAGCACAUUGCAAGCCCACAGUAAACCUCACCUAUCAAGAAUUCCUUUUCGGUUCGAGAAACCAGAAGGAAGGGGAGCGCUUCGACGAGUGGAUAACAGAGCUUUGGGUGUUAGCAGCCACCUGUGAAUUUGGCAGCCUUGAAACUCGCAUGCUAAGAAGCCGCAUUAUUUUGGGCACACAAGACAAAGCCCUUCAGCAAAAACUUAUCAAUGAAAACCCACCUUACGAGAAGGUCGUUGAAAUCUGCAGGCAGCGGGAACGCAGUCAUCAACAACUACAAGAAAUUCAAAGCGACAAGAAAGUAAAAGAAGAAAAGUCAGAAGUGAACGCCGUCCAGGACAAUAGGAGUGGAAGGAUACCGUGCUCCAAGUGUGGCUACAGUAUGCACAGAGGGGGCCAAUGUCCAGCGUCGCUAUCAUCGAAAAGAAUUGAUGAGACCGAGAUAUGGUCCGCCAAGGUCACCAUCGAGGGAACAAACGUGUCCUGCAGGUUGGAUACCGGAGCGAACUGUUCUGUGAUAUCGUCAGCCCUGCUCAAGAAAAUAACAGACAAGAAGGCAUCCAAAUGCAGCGUGCCGCUGAGCACGUUCUUCGGACACAGUGAAAAAGCUGAAGGCAGAAUACAACUGCAUAUCUCAUUUCAAGGAAAAGACCUUAGCACGGAGUUCUUCGUUGUGGAUCGCCAGGUUCCUACAACAUUGAGUGGAACGGUAUCUGAACAUCUGGGACUGGUGAGUAGAAUGGUGCACUCCACCCGCGUUCAUGAGGACAACCAGUUUGGAUUGUACGAAGCUGCACGGCCUUAUGAGGACGUUUUUAAGGGCCUAGGCAAGCUCAAAGGAAUAGUCUACCACAUGAGACUGAAACCAAACGUCAAAGGCGUUGUGAAGCCCGCGCGAAGAAUACCCGUUGCAUUAAAAGACAAAGUAAAAGACACGCUUGACCGUAUGGAAGCAGACGGCGUGAUAUGCAAGGUCACUGAGCCUACAGAAUGGACCAGUAACAUGGUCGUCGUAGCAAAGAAGGAAAAGGUUCGAAUUUGCCUGGAUCCUGCGUACCUCAACCAAGCUCUGCUCAGGGAGCACUUUCCAAUGGCAACGUUAGAAGACGUUGUCCCACGUUUGAGUGGGGCAAAGUAUUUUUCGACGGUUGACGCCUCCUCUGGAUUCUGGCAAAUCCCUCUAGACAAGGACAGCUGA